AUGGGCACUGAAGAGGGAAAAGCACGACGAGCCGCGGCUAGAGAAAAGUACGGACCACAGCUGAAGGAGUCCUUCAAGGCGCUGGACAAAGAUGGAAGCGGUUUCGCUUCCGUCGAAGAAAUGACCAAGCAUAUGGUCGAAAAGGGGAUGAUCAAGCCGGGAGCGCGAGAAGCUGAUUUUGUCAAAUCUUUGAAUCAUUACCUGUCAAAAAUGAACUACGGCAAAACCAAGCCCGGGGAGCUGAAUGAAGAAGAAUUCGUCAAGUUCUGGGCCGAUUUGUACGCUCUUUUUGACAAAAUCGACAAGGACGGAGAUGGUGCGAUCGAAAUCGUCGAAUGCGUCGAGCUCCUUGACGAGCGAGCGGACAAGUUUGGAAUUUCCAAGGCUGAUCUUUACAAGCGCGUGGUUAAUUUCUACAACAAAGCAGAUGCCGAUGGCGACCGAAAAAUCUCAAUCAUCGAGUUUUUCCUCCGACUUCCCGAGCUCGAGGAGGCGCUCAUGAACGCGAAGCUCUAA